AUGGUUGCAAUUACAGAAGUGAGCAGAGAAACGCAGGGCAAGGAGAGCAGAACUGCUGCCCACACACACAUCAAGGGCCUUGGCUUGGAUGAGCACGGGAUUGCUAAGCGUGUUGAAGGGGGGUUUGUGGGCCAAUCAGUUGCUAGAGAAGCCUGUGGUGUUAUAGUUGACUUAAUCAAGUCCAAGAAGAUGUCCGGUAAGGCAAUUUUACUUGCUGGACCACCAGGAACUGGUAAGACAGCUCUAGCCUUGGCCAUUUCUCAAGAGUUAGGACCAAAGGUUCCAUUUUGCCCUAUUGUCGGCUCGGAACUUUACUCUGCCGAAGUGAAGAAGACUGCUGCUUUAAUGGAGAACUUCAGAAAGGCCAUUGGAUUGAGAAUCAAGGAAACCAAGGAAGUUUACGAGGGUGAAAUCAUUGAGUUGACUCCUGAAGAAGCUGAAAACCCAUUGGGUGGAUAUGGCAAGACAAUCAGUCACGUCAUUGUUGGCUUGAAGACCGCCAAGGGGACCAAGAACUUGAGACUCGACCCAAGUAUCUACGAGAGUAUUCAAAAGGAAAGAGUUGCAGUAGGUGAUGUCAUCUAUAUUGAGGCAAACACUGGUGCAGUCAAGAGAGUUGGUAGAUCAGACGCCUAUGCCACUGAAUUCGAUUUAGAGGCUGAAGAGUACGUCCCAUUACCUAAGGGAGAAGUUCACAAGAAGAAGGAAAUCAUUCAAGACGUUACAUUGCAUGAUUUGGAUGUCGCUAACGCAAGACCUCAAGGGGGUCAAGAUGUGUUGUCCAUGAUGGGUCAAUUAUUAAAGCCAAAGAAGACCGAAAUAACUGAUAAAUUGAGGUCUGAAGUCAACAAAGUAGUCUCCAAGUACAUAGACCAAGGAAUUGCUGAAUUGAUCCCUGGUGUUUUAUUUAUCGAUGAAGUCAACAUGUUGGAUAUUGAAUGUUUCACUUACUUAAAUAGAGCUUUAGAAAGCACUAUAGCGCCAAUUGUGGUAUUAGCUUCUAAUAGAGGUAUGACCACUGUCCGUGGCUCUGAUGAUGAUAAGAAAUCUCCACAUGGAUGCCCACCAGAUUUGAUUGACAGAUUGUUGAUUGUUAGAACCUUGCCAUACAACAAUGAAGAAAUUAAAAUCAUCAUCUCCAAGAGAGCCGCUUUGGAAAGCUCCUUAAUCACUUCCGAAGCCUUGGACAAGUUAGCAUCUCAUGGUUCUACUAACUCGUUACGUUAUGCGUUACAAUUGUUAGCCCCAGCUGGUGUUUUGUCAAAAAUUGCUGGUCGUACUGAAAUUGGCGUGGAAGAUAUCGAGGAGUGUGAAAUUUUGUUCUUAGAUAGCAGAAGUUCCACCAAGAUCUUAGAGGAGCAAAAGGGGUAUUUGUAA